UUAAAACUCCGGAGCAAUGGCUCGGACGUUCCGAAGAGCGCCAGGAACGCACGCGGGCUGAAGCGGCUGGACGCGCGUGUGCGUAAAGGGCGAAGCGUUCCUCUCUCGAGCAGGCGUUCCACGGUCGAGCUUCAGCUUAUCUGCGAGCACGCGAGGAGCGGGGAGAGCACAAACUCCAGUCGCGUCCUUCCCGCGGCGCUGGAUGAGCUCGCCAAAAUGGAGCUGUCAUCAAUUGGAGAGCAAGUGUUUGCGGUUGAAUCAAUAACAAAGAAGAGAGUUAGAAAGGGAAAUGUGGAGUACUUGCUGAAGUGGCAGGGCUGGCCCCCUAAAUAUAGCACGUGGGAGCCCGAGGACAACAUCCUGGACCCACGGCUCGUUCUUGCCUUCGAAGAGAAGGAGGAGCGAGACCGGGCCCAGGCCCAUAGGAGGAAAGGUCUGCGACCCCGUCGACUCAUCUUGCGGAACAUCUACACCAUGGAGCUAAGAAGUGCUCACAAAGCUCCAGAGAAACCUGCUCCCCGAAUCCGUUUGUCGCUCACCCGCUCUGUGGGGGCGGAGCUAGAGCACAGUGGGCGGCGCUGCAGGAUUGGGGAAGGCAGAGUCAAGCACCAGCGCCUAGAGAAGCGAAAGAGCAGGCAAUGUGUAUCUAGACACACUGCGGACAACACUGAAAAUCCACGGCAACGAACUCUGACCCAUAAAAAAGACAGUACGGAGGAGGAGUGGGAGGAGGAGAAAGAGCAAGAGAAGAAAAAGAGGAAGACAGAAAAAGACGAUGAGAAAACAGACGAGCAUCGGGACAUUCCAAGUGCUCAAGAGAAGACAGAAGACAGCACCUUUUCAGCCGAACAGAACGUCACCGCCAUGGCCAACCAAACCGAGCAUCACUCUUCCACGCAUGAUUAUGGGGAGGACUCAGCCAAGGAUUCUAGUGACGGGACAUGCUCGGCUCCAACAGUGACAGACAAAUCAGCAAGUGACACCAUCACAGACACACACGAGCAGGGGCCAAUCACAGACGGGUCAGAGAUCAGAGUCUCGGCACUGGAGUUACACGAUCACACUACGACCCACCAGUCGACGAAGACCAGUUCAGAAGCAGUUCUUACAGCAAAAGAAGGGAGUGCGAUUGACAGGGGCCAGAAUCGAGUCUCGGUCAUAGCUGUGCGACACUUGAUUGACAGCUGUGGGCGGGGCCAGGCAAAAGAGACCGCUGAGACUGAAUGCUCAACAGCCAAACUGAAGGAAGAGACGGGUGAGGAUGAGGGCACAGCAGAGUAUAUGACUACCUUACAGCUGAGCACAGAGGUCAGGACCAACCAAUCACAAGCUUCCGAGAGCUCACAGCAUCCUGGAAAGGUGAUCGUGACUGAGGUGACCAUUAACUCGCUAACUGUGACGUUUAAGGAGGCCGUGUCAGCCGAGGGCUUCUUCAGUGGCUGUGAGCUCCAGGUGUGAGAGGCGAGAGGAUGGCAGAACGCUAACAGAGCUAACAGUGAACAACAAGAUGGAGAACACAAUUCACGAGUAACGCUUACUGACACAGACUAACUUUGAUUAGCAAGGUUAGCAUCUUUGGGUGAAGUUUUUAUUGGGAGAGGAAGCAACAUUGGACCAGUUGUCUUUGUAGUGAAGCCAGUGAAUCUUCAUGCUUUAUAGACACACUCAUUCAUGUCUAAAGGGUUUUUUUUUCUUGAACCUUUUGUUUUAGUGAAAGCGUGAAUAGAUGUUGAAGGAUUUCUGCUCAUAUUUAGUGUUGCUAAGUGAAGCCUUCAGUGCACGCCAACUCUAGAAAGAAUACGCAUAGCUAGUGUUACUGUCCUAACAAAAACAAAAAUCCACAAAAAAAAGUUUAUCUUGAGAUUUUGUUUCAGUGUCCACGGCGCCGGAAUGACGUCACUGCUCUGUAGGUUCUACAGCACCGUGGCUGCUGAGGCAGAGGAAGGACAGUGAGGACUCACCUGCCUCGGGGUCGUUCCUGUGCGCACCCUCACUGUGCUCCCGAGCUUCUCUGCAUUUUUAAAGUGACAAUAUCAGUUUACAUGCACUGCUGCAGAUUCUGUGCAGGGUAUAGACCCUGUUUGCAGAUGAAAAUAAUGUGCUUUUGAUGUAGGUCUAGCGUGUUAUUAACGGGAGUUGAAGUUCUGUCAUCGGUCACAUGGUGACCAGUAAUGACGAAGAGAGGAACAGGGAUGAAGGCAUGGCUUUGUCAAUCCGUUACAGUUCGUUCACCUACAGCAAGGUUACGUUUUUAUUUGUAUUUUCAAUAAAGUGACAAAAUGUUGUGUCAAAA